AUGGCUACCUACGAAACAGAUCCCGAGAUCGGUUUCGAUCAGGACGACCCUAAGUACUGGCGUGCCCUCCACGUCAAACUGCACUAUGCAAUACUUGUAAAGGAUGUGGCCGAAAUCAAGCGCGUGUUGAGCUUGGGAGCCGACAUCAAUUUCAAGAACGAGCAUGGCUACACUGCGUUGGAGUGGGCGGACCAUCUGAAACAGUUGGAAAUCGCCAAGUGCCUUCUUCAGAACAUGAACGUCAAGUUGCACGGAUACGUGGAAAUCCUCAAGCAUAUUCGUGCCAAGCGCCCCAUCAUUGUGCGCGCUCUGCUGGAGAUGGGUGUCACUGGCAUGCUCGCCAAAAACAAGUGCUACCACAGAGGUUUGAUCCUGCAGGCUUGUCGGGUCGGCCAUCCGACUAUACUCCAGAUGCUGAUAAACUGCGUUCCCGGCUACAUGAUCACCGAUUACAAACAAGUGUACUUGCAGGUAGCGGCGUCUGAGCAUAACGACGAUGUCCUGGAGAUACUGCGCGAGAGGGCUCGUCAGGAAGAGGCGUGGAGAGAGAACUACUUCAGGCCCAGGGCCUUUGUGGCUCCGGUUCAGUUACCCCCAAGAGACCUAGAGUACGAGAAGAUCUUCGAUGAGUACAUCAACCCGGAUGCGUAUCUUCCUUGA